UCAGAGUUUUCACUGAACAAGAGAAGAAAAUGUUUCACACGCUUGUUUUGCUCUGUUUGUGUUGUCUGGUUGGUGUGUUUGGAUCUGAAACAAAUGAAACACAGUCAGUGCCAGUGAUGGAGGGAGAUUCUGUCACUUUAUACAUUGAUGCUGCUGAAAUACAGAAAGGAGACAAUAUACUGUGGAAAUAUGGAGCUGAAAAGCAGAUUAUAGCUGAAAUCAGUAGAAAUUAUGGAUUGUUCAUUACAUAUGAUGGUCCUGAUGGGAGAUUCAGAGACAGACUGAAGCUGGACAAUCAAACUGGAUCUCUGACCAUCACAAACAUCACAACUGAACAUGAUGGAGUUUAUCAACUAGAGAUAAGUGGAGUGGAACUGACAACAAAAACAUUCAGUGUUUCUGUCUAUGCUCGUCUGCCUGUUCCUGUCAUCAGCAGUAACUCUUCACAAUGUUCUUCAUCAUAUGACCUACCUUUAUUGCACAUAGUGCUGAUCUUUGCUGCUGCCUCUGGUUUUCUCUUGAUUCUAGCUGCUGUCAUUGGGAUCUUCUGCAUCUGCAGGAAACAAAGAAAAACAGUCCAGAGACCGAAGGAAGACAGAACUGAUUCAGCGAUGCGUAAACCAAAAACACGACAAAAGAUGCCUUCUGGACCUCGUGUUUCUGCCUGGGUGAUGCCCACUCAGAAGCAGUGCAGCAUGAGUCCAUCUGCCCUUCUUAACAGUGGUGGACCUUAG